GCCAUUGCUGUCGUUCUGUUCAUUGAACAUUUGUCGGCGCUGCGGACCUUUUUAAAUAAAGUUUAAUACAAAGAAGAUGGCGGCGCCCUGUAGUUAACCCGUGGUGUUGGACUGAAAAAACAACCCUGCUUUUGCUGUAUUAAAAAUCAGGAUUUCCUUCUCUGUUCAACAUAUUGCCAGAUGAGGUAUGGCCACUGCAGGAAAGCCAGUUAAAAAGGACUUCAAAAGGAAAAUUCCAGCCAAGACCUCCUUCAUCUCACCAUUCACUCCAAAAUGGAGCCCACUUCCCCAGGAAGACAUGCAUUUCAUCCUGGAAACCCUGAAGGACAAGCUGCUUUCAACAGGUCUUGAGAAGAAAGAGGUGAAAGUUUUUCACCCAUGGAGGAAAAAGAAAGAGCAGAAACCCACUGCCACAUCAGAACCCGAUCUCCAGGUGAGCCAGGUGCAGGAUUCUUCCAAAAACGGCUGGACAGACGUGGCAGCCAGAAGACAACUGGCCAUUGGCAUCAACGAGGUCACCAAAGCUCUGGAGAGGAACGAGCUCAAACUGGUGCUUGUGUGUAAGUCUGUCAGGCCUAAACACAUGACAGAUCAUCUGAUAACGCUGAGCGCGACAAGAGGUGUGCCCGCCUGCCAGGUGCCUCGGCUCAGCCAGAGCCUGUCCCAGCCUCUGGGGCUGAAAAGCGUCCUUGCACUGGGAUUCAGACGGUGUGCCUCCAGUGAUGGUGAGCUGUUCACUGACACCGUGGAUGCCAUUACACCCAGAGUGCCUUCACUGGAUGUUGCGUGGUUGCAAGUUGCAGCACCUAAAGACUCUGUUGCUGUGGAAGAGGAGGAGGAUGCAGGCGGGAAGAAGGGCCAUAAAAGGAAGCUCAAGACUGAAUCUGAGGAGUCUGCCUCCUCCUGCACUCUGCAACCUCUCAAAGUGAAAAAAAUCAUUGCUAAUCCUGCAAGGAAAAGAAAAAGAAAGUCAUAACCAAUCAAUGCCUAGAUAUUUAAAGGACCAUUUAAUAUGGUUUUGUUCAUUUUGGCCCAGUGUUUUCCAGUUUUUGUUUUUUAAUGAUUAUUUUUUCACUUUUGAAUUUUAAAAUGAAGCUGUCUUUUUGUGACCCCCCUUGUCACAGGUUAUGGCUUUUAGUGUGGACAUGAGUCAUAACUUUCUUGUUUGUUUCAUUUAAAGGCCUGAAGAUGUGAAAAUAGCUUGUAUUUCAAAGUAAAGCUUGCAAACCAGCUUACAAAGACUCAAAACCUGUUUUGAGAUAAGUACAUAAUGCAUUACAGUGAUUCAGAACCAAAACACUUGAUGGAUCAACAGGUUUCUGCUUUUUUUGUGGGCAAUUUGGAGAUGUCACAAUGGUGUCUAAGAACUAUUGAUUAUUUCUUUGUUUUCUUUCUAGCUUUCUAAAGCAAGUCUCUGUUCUCAUACUUCACUAAGAUAAAAAGGAAACCAGCACUGGAGGGUAUGAUAGUUCACAUGAUUUUUAUCAACUUGGUUAAAAAUAACCCUGGUGUGAUCCUUUUAUUUAUCAUUAGCCAGAGACGGGCACAACAUAGGACAUUUAAGUUGGUGUGAAUAAGUUGUGUUUGUGUUUCUGAAUCAAACUGUAUGUGUGAUGGCAGCCUCUCCAGUAAAAACAACUUCAAUUUAAACCCAC